CGCGGCUCCCGCUCGCCGUCCGCGGCCCCGCGCCGCGCCCCCGGGACAUGGGCCGCCGCCGCCCGCCCGCGCACUGACAGGCGCUCACAGGUGCCGCGGUCGCCCCGAGUCCCGGACGGGCGGUCCUGCUGCCCUCCCGGCUCCGCACCGGCGGGAGGGAGGUAGCUAGGGAGGGAGGAAGAAGCGGCGGGGGAGCAGCCGGCAGCGCCGUUUUCUCAAGUUCUGGAAGUAGCAGAGCGUUUGGUUGCUGGCUGACCUGAAACUUUUACUCUGCCUUGGAAAGAUCUGCAGUGGGAGACAUUCACCUUCACAUACUCCACAGUUCUUUGCAACAAAAGAAAGUGACUUCAUGUGCAAGAGUGGUUCAAGAUAAUGAUGUAAUACUGAUAAUGCUGAAGGUUUCCUGAGAAUUAACUGACUUUUCUAAGAGGCUUCUCCCUCUUCUUCCUGUUCUUGGGUUGGGUUUUUUUUGUUUGGUUGGUUGUUGGGGUUUUUUUGUUUUGUUUUGUAAGUAAUUUCCUCUCAGAAACUGCAAGCAAGAUGCCAGCCAAGACACCCAUGUACCUGAAAGCUGCUAACAAUAAGAAAGGGAAGAAAUUCAAACUAAGGGAUAUCUUAUCUCCUGAUAUGAUCAGCCCACCACUUGGAGAUUUUCGUCAUACUAUACACAUUGGAAAAGAAGGACAACAUGAUGUUUUUGGAGACAUCUCCUUUUUGCAGGGCAACUAUGAGCUGUUGCCUGGAAAUGAAGGAGAAACCAGAGUUAGUCAGUCUGGUGGCCACUAUGAAUUCUUAAGGGCAAACAGCACUUCUGAAUCCAUGUUUACAGAAACUCCAUCACCAGUGCUCAAAAACGCUAUUUCCCUUCCUGCCAUUGGGGGUUCUCAAGCCCUCAUGUUGCCCUUAUUGUCACCAGUGACAUUUAAUUCAAAGCAAGAAUCCAUCAGGUCAUCAAGAAAUCCUAGGCUUAGCUGUGAGCCAGUAAUAGAAGAAAAAUUGCAGGAGAAAAGUAAACAGAUGGAGGAGGGAGAAACAUACAAAGAUGACCUAUGGGAGCAAAAUGGUUCUUCUUCGCAUUUUACUAACGGUAGAGACAGUAACUCAUCCAGCUUCUCUGAACGAUGCACUGAUUGGCAAACAGUUGAUAUAUUUGAUGACAAUCGACUUUCAUGUGAACUAACCAAGACAAAGACUAAGUCAGAAGAAUCCCUUUCAGAUCUUGCAGGCUCUCUUCUCUCACUACAACUUGACUUGGGACCUUCACUUUUGGAUGAGGUCCUCAAUGUAAUGGACAAGAAUAAAUCUUAGAACUGGUACUCCUUUGCUUCUUUAUAAGUGAUUCACUUAAACAAAAACAGACAAAC